UUUACCAUGACCGGUCCACUGAAGCGCCAGCCAACCCCCCAACCAACCGACUCUAUUUAUACAUCUUCUUCUUCCUUUUGACAUCUAAUCUCAUCAUCUUCUUCUUACCAGAUAACCUUUCAUGGCUAAACAACAAUCAUUCAUCUUUCUUCUUGUCCUCACAAUCAUCAAUCUCUUCUCAACAGAAGUAAUUGCAUCCGCAACAUUCACCAUCGUCAACAACUGCGAUUACACAGUCUGGCCUGGAAUUCUCUCCAACGCUGGCAUCACUCCACUACCCACCACCGGUUUCCAGCUCCAAAAGGGUGAAUCAAAAACCAUCAACGCCCCUUCAAACUGGGGCGGUCGUUUCUGGGCAAGAACACUCUGUUCCCAAGAUUCAACUGGAAAAUUCUCAUGUAUCACCGCCGACUGUGGUUCCAAUACAAUAGAAUGCUCCGGAAACGGUGCUAAACCGCCGGCAACUUUAGCAGAAUUUACCCUCGACGGCGCCGGCGGGAUGGAUUUCUACGACGUAAGUCUCGUAGAUGGGUAUAACAUUCCGAUGUUAGUAGUUCCUCAAGGUGGUUCCGGCGUUAACUGUACAACCACCGGUUGUUUAACAGAUCUAAACACUGUAUGUCCGUCGGAGUUGAAAGUUAACGGCGCCGCCGGAGACGGCGUCGCGUGUAGAAGCGCGUGUGAGGCUUUUGGUGAACCAAAGUAUUGUUGCAGCGGCGCGUUUGGAACGCCGGAGACUUGCCGACCGUCGGAGUAUUCUGAGAUGUUUAAACAAGCUUGCCCACGCGCUUAUAGCUACGCGUAUGAUGAUCAUAGUAGUACUUUUACUUGCACCGGCGCCGACUAUCUUAUUACAUUAUGUCCGACGCCGACUACUACUAGCAAAAAAUCAUCUGACGGAACUGAUGGAUCGCCACUAAUCAACGGUACGAUGAUUUACGAGGGUGCACCCGAUGCGGGUAGUGCGUCGAUAUCUUUGCACGCUUUUGGAUCUCAACAAGUUAUCGCUCAAGCUGGUGUCGUAAUCGUCACGUUUCUUUCUUAUUGGUGGUUGUUUCCGCUUUUAUAAGCCAACCUCUUUUUUUUCCACAAAUAUAGUAACAAUAUUUUACAACUAACCCUUCCUAUCAUACUCACGUUUUCUAACCUUAACUUUAAAAAUGCGAUGGUCCAUUUCUUUUAUCUCCAAUCAUACCUAGUAUUAUUUGUUGAUUGUUCAAUACAUAAGAGUAUAAUUUGUUUUUUUAUUUAUUAUUA